GCGAUUUGGCUUCGAUUCGAUCGAGGCCGCUACGGGGGAAUAUGCAGAAUGGCUGAACCCUGCGUCACGGGUCAGCUUAUGGAGAGGAAUUUGGCAAUUUUAUUUUCCUCCGUCCGGCGAGGCGAGGCAAGGCUGGGGUGAUAUCAUUCCAGCCGCGAGGUCCAGAUGGAAGCUUACUCGUGGCUCGCACUAGGAAACGGCGCAGGUCUCGUCUCGUCUCGUCUCUGUUCCUAUGGCGUUGAUUAACUCCAACCCUCGCUAGUAUCGCAUCUGCUUGUUUACAAUGGGCGGUUUAGCGUCGCUCGCUCGUUGAAAGCCGCUCUUGGAUGCCACACCUUUGGCUUACCAGAUGCAGACACGUUCGUAUCUACGAUCGUCGCCUCACAGGGGACCCCCCGGCAGCACAAUGACGUCGAUUGAGGGGGCUUCAUUGCCAAGCAAGCUGCUUCACACAAAUCACAGCUUGCCAGGACGUGGCAUUUUGUGUUUCUGUUUCACGUACGGCUCGCUGUGCAAGUUGCAGGUGCAGGAUACAAAAGCAAUAGCAUAUGCACUCUGCUGUCAUCCAGCAUAAACAAGAAACAUGGUCUCGUGGGUUGAUGUUCUUGUACGCAAAGCCAUCAACGUCAAUGGCUGGUUUGGCAUCACGGCUACGCGGCUACUACAGCUGCUAUGCUAUUGCUCCUUUUGCUCACGACGCAGCUCUCAUCUCUCCCUUGCAUCGAAUACACCCUCAUGCAACGGAAGAACAAGGAGAAAGGACCAAAGGACUAAAGGAAGAGAACGAACGAGGUUUGCAUCGGCACUGCAUCCAUCCGCCCAAAGGGCCAUCCAGUUCCAUCUCACAGCAACAAAACGACUCUUCAAAAACGCCUCCCCGUGGGACCCUCUGCGGGCGAUUCUCUAGUCAGUUGGUGGUCCCCGCCAUCUCCUCUUGGCCCAAUACACGCCCGCGGGGAAACAUGUGCUUGUCGAUCUCUUGCUUCUUUCUAUCCCGUAGCUCUCCAUCAACCACAUGCUGCUGCGUCUGCAGCGUGUCGUUGCCGCCUGUUUAUGCUCAAGUGCAUGUAAGUUGACGUCGUGACACUAGGCCAAGGUCACACCUCAACUUCAAGUUUUCUUUCAUAUGCCGGAACGCCAGGCAUCGUGACAAGCAUUCAUUACUCGGGCAUGGGAACAGGUUGUGAAACAUGGCAUGCAGGCAUUGCCCAUUCUCGUCGAAACACACUGCCAGCCCGCAACAAGAAGCCAGUUGUGCACGAUGAUAUCGACAUCAAGCCCCUUGCUCAAAUGGAUGACCCCUUCACUUUCUUAGCCUGGCUGUAAUAGCUGCACGAGUCCAGUUUCAAUCAAAAAUAAAACAUGCU